UCUCGGGUAAAGGCUGCACCCGGGCCGGGCGAGGUGGUGUCUGUGCUGUCCUGUGCGGGUGUUCGUGAGACUCGGCUGUGCCGCCAUGGCAGACCCGCAACCUGCGUCCAGCGGCCUCACCGACGAGGCCGCCGUUAGCUGCUGCUCCGACGCGGAUCCCAGCACCAAGGAUUUUUUAAUGCAACAGACCAUGCUACGAAUUAAGGAUCCUAAGAAGUCAUUGGAUUUCUAUACUAGAAUUCUUGGAAUGACGCUAAUCCAAAAAUUAGAUUUUCCUUCUAUGAAAUUUUCACUCUAUUUCAUGGCAUACGAGGAUAAAAAUGACAUCCCCAAAGAUAAAAAUGAAAGAGUAGCAUGGGCAUUUUCCAGAAAAGCUACCCUUGAGCUGACACACAAUUGGGGCACUGAAGAUGACGAGACCCAGAGCUACCACAGUGGCAAUUCAGACCCUCGAGGAUUUGGUCACAUUGGAAUUGCUGUUCCUGAUGUGUACGGCGCCUGUAAAAGAUUUGAAGAACUGGGAGUCAAAUUCGUGAAGAAACCGGACGAUGGUAAAAUGAAAGGCCUGGCAUUUAUUCAAGAUCCUGAUGGCUACUGGAUUGAAAUUUUGAAUCCUAACACAAUUACAAGUAUCAUUUAAUCGUGUGGGAAUGGUGCUCUGAGAUGUCAGUGAGACGGAGAUAAGAAAGAAAGCAAUGCAAUUCAGGAUGCUCAGAUUCCAGAAGCUUUGGGACUGAUGGAUCACUGCCCCAAUUCAAGUUUUUCUUCAUUGUAUGUCCUUGGAUGUAGUCGCGUGACUUGACUUGUUGGGUAAUAAUUAGAAGAAUUCCCUUCAGAAACUACAUUCGCCUUCUUCUGUCUCCUAAACACUGCUUCUCUUAAAAUCUUCUUUGCAUCAUUUAUGUGCUUUAAAAAACAUUUGCCAUGUUUUUGUUGUAGUUACCUUCUGGGGUUUCAGCUCCUUAGGAAUAGCUUUUCAUGAUGGAAAGUAAAGAACACUGAACAAAAAUGGAACGUCAUGCAUACUUCAAACCCUAUGAAGUGUUUGUUUUACAAAGGAGAAGAUACCCGUGAGAGCAAUUCAGAAUCAUGCUGACAAAGAUACUGAUGGAAAAACUAAUUUCUUUGUAUUUAUAAAGUACUCUCAGAAUUCAA